CACGAGAAAAUACACACAGGGGAGAAGCCUUACCACUGCUCCCAAUGUGGAAAGAAUUUUAACAAAUUAGGGAACCUGAAACAACAUGAGAGAAUACACACAGAGGAGAAACCAUACCACUGCUCCAGGUGUGGAAAGUGUUUCAACCAGUCAGGGCAGCUGAAGCGACAUGAGAGAAUACACACAGGGGAGAAGCCUUACCACUGCUCCCAAUGUGGAAAGAAUUUUAACGUUUUAAUGACCCUGAAACGACAUGAGAUAAUACACACAGGGGAGAAGCCUUACCACUGCUCCCAAUGUGGAAAUAGUUUUAACGUUUUAAGGAACCUGAAACAACAUGAGAGAAUACACACAGGGGAGAAACCAUACCACUGCUCCCAGUGUGGAAAGUGUUUCAACCAGUCAGGGCAUUUGAAGCGACAUGAGAGAAUACACACAGGAGAGAAGCCGUACCACUGCUCCAAGUGUGGAAAGAGUUUCAAACGGCCUUGUCAUCUGAAACAACAUGAGAGAAUACACACAGGGGAGAAGCCUUAUCACUGCUCCCAGGGUGCAAAGCGUUUGCCCAUUUCGGAAGCCUGAAGGAACAGAUGAGACUGCACACAGGGCGGAGAAUGCUUACAAAAGCCCAGACUGUGGGAAAACAUAUUACUCAUCACAGUCACUUAAAUGUCAUGAGAGAAUCCACACAGGAGAGAAUAAUUACUUGUAUAUUAAUAUUUCACAUCUCAUUGACUUAAAAUUCAUCAGAGAACAUACACAGUGCUCCCGUUGUCUUAUAUUGUUGACUGACAAUGUGUUUACCUGUCUUUACCAGAUUAAAUUAAAUGGUACAGGGUAUACUCAAACAUAUAUUUGUUUGUUUUUAUUAGAAAACAUGAAGUGAGUAUGAACUCUGUCAGUUUGAAUAUAAAGAAGAUCAGGUUUCUUCUUUUAAACUGUCCUUUUUUAAAACUCUUUGUGUGUGUUUAUCUGGGUGUGUCAUUCCUCCAGCACUACAGAUAAUCAAGUGAUAUUUGGAUGUGAUGCAUUAGUUCCAUUGUUGACAUUUGCAUUGUUGGCCCACUGAUGAUUUAAUUCAAUGAAAAUGUUCAGACUCUGUAAUGGAAAAUGUUAAUUGUUUGUGUGUCCACAUAACUGAGUAUGUGACUAACCUUGUGAAACUGUCCUAUUAUAAUCUCCUGUUCUUGGGAGUAUCAUCCUGUGUUGCAGACCAGCUGCACCUGUGUCCUUGUAUGAAUAAAGUCCCUCCCAGGAACAGGAAACUAUAAAGAUAUGUGCUAAUCACUCAAUACUUCAGGAAUUCAGACUGUCUACACUGCGCUGUGUAACUCUGUUAUUCUCUUUGAGCUCAGAAAUAAAGAAUCUUGGUUUGA